CUCUUCUCUGCGUUGUGUAACGGCUGGAAUGCUGAGCGGCGACUGCGUCCCACCCCUGACCAACAUAUCUUUAAAUACCCUCUACCACGGUGAACUGUUGCACGGUAAAUAGAAACGAGGGCGGCGUGAGUUUAUAGCUGUUGUUUUUAUGUAUUCGACUGAGUAAAUACUUUCACUUUUGUGGACUUUACUCGACUUUUGACAUGGAGCUGGACCGGCGGUUGUUGCUGGCCCACUGCACGGUCCACGCCCUGUCCAUAGUGGCGGGCUUGCUGGUGGUCGUCCCCAUGGCUCUCAACGGCUCCGCUUUCAAGGGCCGAUGUGCACUCUUCUCCACCGGCUACUGGAGCUCGGAGACCCGGAGCGAGACGACGGUGCAGCCCGGAGACGUCUCCCAUUUAGUGGUGCAGCAGUGGGGACCUCCUGCAGCCUGCCAGUUCGCCACGUUUGUCGGCAUUUUCACGGUGCUGUACGGUGCAGCGCAGGGGUGGAGAUGCCUCUUCUAUCUGCACGGACGACAUGACGACACCCUGUUCUCGUCCUUCCUGACGGUUCUGCUGAGUGUGUGUGUGCUCUUCCUGUCUGGAGGGGCCAGUGUUAUCUUGUCCCUGGGGCUGGUUUCCUGGUGUGACACUGUGACUGAUGACAGCACACGGCCUUACAGCUGUGCAGAAUCCCAGUCUGUUCCACUUUACCUGGAUGUAGACACCUCAUCUUUUUACACAGAGCUCAAUCUGGCACAGGUGUCUCUGUGGUGUGUGACCGCGCUGUGGCUGACCCAGUCCAUCCUGGCUUUCCUGAGGCUGUACCACUCUCACAGCCAGCACAUGAGCGGACCCUGCCGUCCCAGAGAGAAGGAGAUGCUGCUGGGACACAGUCCAUCUGACAGCCGCUCCCCCUCACCUCCACAUCCUGCAGUAUCGCCCACAAUCCUCGUCUAAUAAGUGCAUAAAGAUGUGCUAUAAGACCAUUCUCUAAACACUCCACUCUACUGCUCUUCUGACUGCAUAAUACAUUUGCUUUGAUAGAUUUCAUCUUAUGUAACACAGCCUGACUGAUACAAGUCUCAGUAAAUGCCAUAGCUACGGUACAUUCGAGAUGGUUUAGGGACAGUGUCACCAUUAUAUAACUUGCUCUUGUGAGAGCACUGACAGUUUAUAUACACACAAUGACUAAACAAGCCUCAAACUCCAGGUUUACAUUGUGAUUUAAAUCCACUUAUUUAAAGGCUGUAUUUUGUUGUAAUGAUGCUUCAGCUGGGCUUACAUUUCUAACAUUACAUAACACUGCCAUUCUUCGCCUCACACAUUAACCCCAGUGUGUGCCUCUUUCUGAAUUUAUUACAUUUCUGUCCCAGAACUAAAACAUUAUUUUUCUAAAAUAUGAAGGAAAAAUAAUUUCAAAAUCCGAAACAAAGACCUUGUGUCUUCUUCAUGAUGUAAAGAUUUUUUACCCAAAUUGUUACUCAACUUUCUAUGGACAAAGGUUAAGGGUAAGCAGUGUUAAUGCUAUUUUAUUAAAAACCUUAUUAGUAAUUUAAUGGGGAAAUUAGUGGGGUUUGAGGUAAUCAAUCAAUAAUGCUAGUUAACAAAAAUGCACCUGGUUUAAUUAUUAAUGAACGGCACAAAAAUAAGCUAAUUUUACCUUUAUUUGCAGGGGUUUCAUCUUCAUGUUCUUUCCAGUCAUCUUAUGUAGGGAUCAUAAGUCAUGUUCUUGUUUUCUUGAUAUAAUUUAACUUAAUUUGAUCUCUUUUUUCAGUGACAAAAUGAUAGAUUUAUAAUAACUGAGAAAGAUCAGGGACUAAUCUCUGGUCUGUUUUUGGAUAACAAGGGAUUUUACAAAUUACAAAAGGGAACACUUCAGAAUAAUUGAAACUUGUGUUCAAAGAUCUAAUAUUUAAAGUGUUAUUCAUGACAACCAGAAGGUGAUUUUCUACAAUUUGUUUUGAAUAUAUUUAAUAUGCAUGGUUGUUUACAUUUGUGCAGGACUGUGACACGAUCACACUCCUGUCCUUGUCAGGGAGAAUACAUUUUUGUUGACUGUUCUGAGUGAAAUAUUCAGAUAUAGCACUGAAGCUUUAAAUGUGAAGCAUGUGGUGAGAGUGUGACUGAGCCACCAUGUACGUGAAACGGGCUCACUGUGUGAGCAUGACUUAAUGUUCUGUUGUGUAACGGAAAAAUCACUGCUGACCCUCUCUCUUCUUGUGACGAUUGAUGUUAUGAUGCUGUUUGUGUGGACACGGCCACGACAGGGCAUUACUGAAUCAGGCGAAGUCUCUCUAUUGAUACUUGAUAUUAGACAAAGGAGGGAAACCUUUAAAGGUCUGUGAACUUUUUUAAACAGAGAGCUGUUUGUGCAGAGCCCAGAGUGUCGGUGAGGGAGAAAGAAGGUAUCUUUAGUUCAUAAACUUUUUUUCCUUUUAUCAUGAGCCGAGUGGUUGCAAUGAAACACAGACAGUGGAGCGAAAUAUCUGAGGAAAGAGAGAUGAGACAGUAUUUCUAUGUAAUAUUAAUUUCAAGUAUGAAAUGUUUUGUUUCAUAACUGUCAUUGUCACUUAUAGAAACAAUCUGUUUGAUAUUAUUUGACUCAUGUAAGUUUUUGCAUUUGUCUUGUCAAAUAAAAAAAGCUUCUU